AGCCAAUCACGUUGCGACUUCUGUUAAAGAAACAUCUCGAGAACCUUCUUUUCAAUUUUCUGCCGGAGAAAGAAUAAAAAACAGAAAAGGGUUGAGGAAAUUCUCAGUUUGGAACAAUCUCCCGAGUGUACCGAUCAUUUUUUGUUGAAAGACAGGGAAGAAGAUGCAAGGAGGUGGUAGAGAUCCUUUCAACUUGGGUGCUCCUUUUGGUGGCUCUUUUGGAAGCUCCUUUGGUGGAUUUAACAAUGGUCCUCGGAGUCUCAUGUCUAGUUUCUUCGGAGGAAGAGAUCCUUUUGAUGACCCUUUUUUCACUCAGCCUUUUGGUGGUGGCAUCUUUCAGUCCAGCUUCUUUGGUCCUACUAACAUGGAUCCUUUUGCACCAAUGCGUUCUCCCUCUGGUUUCAUAGAGAAUCAUCAUGAAUCACAACAAAGGAGAAGAAGGUCUAGUGGACCGAUUAUUGAAGAGAUUGAAUCAGAUGAUGAGAAAGAAGACAGAGAAGGAGACAAAGAGAAGAGAGUAAGCCUAGGGAAACAUGGCAGGUCAAGCAGUGAAGUGGAUACUGAAGAAGCUAGAGCUGAAGAAAGAAGGAACAGACGAAUGCAAAAUAAUGGACAAUGGCAACCACAGACUCAUAGUUAUAGUUUCCAGAGCUCGACUAUUACAUACGGUGGUCAUGACGGAAACUACUAUACUUCAUCAAAGACCAGAAGGACAGGAAGUGAUGGGUUAACUCUUGAAGAAAGCAAAGAAGCCAAUACUGCAACACGUGAAGCAGCUCACAGAAUCUCAAGAGGCCUUCACAACAAGGGCCACACGGUUGCGCGUAAACUUAACUCAGAUGGUCGAGUUGAUACAACGCAGACCUUGCACAAUUUAAACGAAGAUGAAUUAGCUGAUUUUGAACAGUCUUGGAGUGGAAACGCUAGAAUGCAACUACCAGGUCGGUCUGGUUCCUUUGGCAGUAACUACAGAGAGCAACCAAUGUUGCUGCCGUCAACUGAUCCAAACCCUUCCCGUGAAAGAGCAGAGUCAUCCAGAAGAAGGAAGGCUACAAUGAAUGUAAGAGGACAGGGCAGAAUCUAAUCUCAGGACUACCAUAUCUGGUUUCUAAUUGGCUUUAGUGAAUGUGACCAGACACUAUUAUUCACUUUACUUAGUUGCAUCGUUAUUGUAACUGUAUGAUGACAUGAUUUGAGGGUUUUAUGAUAAUGGUAUAUGCUACAUUAGUAGCCUCUUCUUAGCUGCUACUAACCAAGUAAUCAGAUCAACGACUCUCUUCCUUCUCUCGCCACACAGCAUGAACCUCGUCCGUACGAAACUGCUGCGUAAAGGUAGACUCUCAAACCAACAUAGAAAACGUCACCUGAAGUGAGUAACACAAGUCUGCUGGUGUACACUAGUCGUUACUCUUGAGCUUCUCCUCAGUGGAAUGACACAUCCAUACCUUUAACAGCAUAGGACUUGGAUCAUUAGAGUCUCACCAAAGGUCGUAUACCUACCUUCACUAUAAGCAAUCACCUGAGUGUUGCCACCACUCACAUACAACACAAGAGGAUCAUCAGGUCCAGUAACCACUCUCCCCAUUCAAUAUGAGCCAC